UUAACCAGACGUUGGGAUUUUGGGAAGUAUGACCUUAAACCAAACACGUAGCCGUCGUCCCCCAACCCCAUUAUGAACAAAAUUUCUUUCGCAGGAUGUGGGAAAUUAUGAUGUGAAUUCUGUAAAAGGGAAUAGAUGAAAGCAGAAUUGCAAUAGCAGCAGCCCCAGCCGCACAAGGUGACUUUUAAUUUUCUCCAGAUCAAUUCGUCAAAAUUGUAAGCCAAAGUAAAAGGUUGAAGGUUUGCGAAUUCAGGAGAAAACCCAGUUGAAGAGGGAUCAUCCAGCUAUGAAUCUGCAAGAAGGGAGUCCGAGUUUCGAAGAAUUAAUGGUUCAGGUCAUUAGUAAAGAAGUGUUUCUAUAAGCGAGGAGGAAGUUUGCCAAAAUACAAUAGGACGAGAAAGAAACUAACACAAACUGACCAGGGCAGAGAAACAAGAACUGGGUUCGACAGGAAUGGGGAUAAAGAAAGAUAAGAGGAGUGAUUCUUCUUCAACAUCGCCUUGUGCCCAUCUCAGAGCUGCAUAUCACCAAUGCUUCAACAGGUGGUACUCAGAGAAGUUCUUGAAGGGUCAGUGGGACAAAGAGGAAUGCGUUUCCGAGUGGCAGAAAUACAGAGCUUGCCUUUCUCAACAUUUGGAUGAUAAGCAUCUCAGUCGCUUCCUUGAAGCAGAAGCUUUUGUUUAUCCUCCUGAGUCCUGACCCAGAUGAUUGAUUCUACCCAGCACUGUUGAUGAUGCCGCCGCCCUCUUCCCAGUAAUAUUAUUAUCACAGGCCUUCGAUCAAAUCUGUUUUGCCCAAUUUUUUUGUUCUUAAUUUUGUUAUUUCUCUGGGUUUUAGCUUUGGAAGAAUCAAGGGUGGAGUUCUUUUAACACCCUCCUGCUAUUGUUAUCCCAGUUGAAACUGCUUAGACUAUCGAAUCAAGCUUGUGAAGCAUUUACUGAUACUCCAAGUUAUAUAACGUGUAACUGUUGAUGAAACUUAAGGAUCAGAAAAAUUUUGUGGCAUUUA